GCGGGAUUAGCCCGGAUGUCGGAACAGGGCAAAGUCAGAAUUUGACCUCCCAGGAAUUGCAUCCGAAAAAAAGGGAGGCCGGAAACAGGGGGAGCUCUUUUGGUUCAAACAAUGGAUCGCGCAGAUGUUCGCCUCUGUUUGUUCUCGCACCCACGGCGGCCAAUUCGGCCGCCGUUUCGCCAGGAAGGUGCACAGCACAGUUCGACUGAGAAUGGCAGGACUGGGGACAGACUACGGCGUCGGCAAAGAGCAGGCACCGCCGCCUGGGCACCCAACCUCCAUGCCACUCGCAGGCACAGGCAAGACUAGGGCAUGCAAUCCGCGCACAACGGCGCGGCCACGACACGGAUAGCUGCGAAGGUCGAAGAGCGCAGGCUGCUGCGCCGCCGCCGUCCCCUCUGCUGACUGCUGCCCCCCGGUGUCCGUGGCACACUCCCCCCCCGCUCCUUCCACCCCGCGCGACAGACGACGGCGGCGCGCCCGCGGGAAACUCUCCAGAGCUCGACCUCCAAGGCUGAAUUCAGGCGCACGCGCCACGGAUACGGAUAUGUUAUUCUCGCCCAAGAACUGGGUCCGGCCGGCCAGGCGAGAGGCGCGUGUACCGAAUGGGGCAACGACAGGCGUCACAGGCUCAGGAUGCAGAAGGCAUGAGGCAGGAGAAGGAGAACCUGUCUCGGGGGCGGUGGGGGGGAACAUCGACCGGGCAUCGGCGAUACACCGCCGACAGAUAGGCCAGGCCCCCAGUAGCGAAUCCGCGCGCUCCUGGGCGGGGUGGGCCCUUCUCGAUGAGCCGCCGGAUGCCCGGGCCCCGUGGGCGAGCGCGAUGGCCGCGACCAGCGGCCGUGGAGAGCCACGCGGGCACGCUCAGCGGGAGCACAGCAGCGGCGACGCCCCGAACGGCGACGCGCCCACACCGCAGCCCGCCGGCGGCGGAGCUUCUGGUCCAACCGCGAUGCCCGGGAGGCCGAAGAGGCCGGUGAGGCCCAGGGAUCUGGCCCCUGCCAGGUCCGACGAGCCUGAACCAGCGCGGUAAAGACCGCCGAGCUGCCGAUGCCCGGGGCAGGGCUGAGCGGCUCAGCCGCGGAGGCAUCUCUGCCCCGGGAGGGCGCGGCGCGGCGACGGCUCCAUCGCCGAAUCGGGGCGCCGUCCGACUCCGCUGGCCCCUCAGGGGCGCAUGCGGAGCCCCACCCCAUGGAGCCCGCUGUUGAAAUGAAGCGGCAGUGAAUGGUAAAAAGGGAGAAUGGGGGGAGAAGGUGGCGGAAUCGAAAAGCCAAGGGGCGCGUGGAUCAAUGACGGGGAACAGACGCGAAUGGCCAUGUGGAGAACGACGUUGGCUAGACAUGGCCCACCCGUUGCACAUUCGAACGUAAACAGAUCGCUUCGCUUAGG